UACUAAAUGGAACAAGGAAAUGGAGUUAAAGGUGUCCCAUCUCCCCCACUCUACUAUAUAGAUAUAUGUUAAGCGUUUCAAUGCAUGACUGAACCAGCCACGCCCACUGUAGAUUAUGAUAUGUUUUGUUUGAGUCACUGCUUGUACAGUCAUGUCACUUUAGUUUCAGUUUUGUAUCGUAUUUGUUGUUGGUUAAUUAGUUACUGAUUUUAAUAUAAGGUUUGGUUGGUACUUACUACACUGUUCAAUAUAUUCAUUCCGGAUGUAAUACAACUGCUGUGUGCAUGGUGUAAUACUAUAUUUAAAUAAAAAAUAAGAAAUGGCCCAACAAGCUCCCCCGCCCUACCCCGCACACGAAGGUGAGAAACCGCCCAUGCAGAACUAUGGUGCCCCGCACCCCCAGCAACAGAUGGGGUAUGCGCCCCCACCUCAACAGCAAAUGGGGUAUGCGCCCCCACCCCAACAACAAAUGGGUUACGUCCCACAGCAGCAAGGAGUUGCACAAGCCCCUGUGGUGGUCGUACAAGCAGGAGGAUGCCCAAACUGCAGAGCUGGUGUGAUGGUCGACGACUACACAUGUUGUGGAAUCUGUCUCGCUAUAUUUUUCUUUCCCAUCGGUAUCUUAUGCUGUCUUGCUAUGAAGCAAAGGAGAUGUUCCAACUGCGGAAAAACAUUCUAAACAUAACUUACGCAUAUUUGUAACUGGGCCCAUCAACUUAACGUGGCAAUAAUGUAAUAAACAAAGUUUAUCGCCACAACACC